GGCUAGGACAGCCCAGUUUAUGGGUCCCGGGUCCUGAGAGGCGAGCGAGCUAAGAGGUUUUGAGGUUCCUGCAAACUAUUUGGAAACUGACAGAGAUUUCCAGCUAGAGAUGGUGGUGAUGAAUAGCUUGAGGGUCAUUCUUCAAGCCUCUCCAUGCAAAUCACCGUGGAGAAGUUUCCAGGUUCUGCGGUCCACGCCAGUGAGGCCCUGCAGUCUCUACACCUGCACUUAUAAAAGCCGGAACCGAGCCUUGCAUCCACUCUGGGAGAGUGUGGACCUGCUUCCUGGGGGUGAUCGACAGUCACCCAUCAAUAUCCGGUGGAAGGAUAGUGUUUAUGAUCCUGGCUUAAAACCCCUCACUAUCUCUUAUGACCCGGCCACCUGCCUCCACAUCUGGAAUAAUGGGUACUCUUUCCUUGUGGAAUUUGAAGAUUCUACAGACAAAUCAGUGAUUGAAGGAGGACCCCUGGAACACAUCUACAGACUGAAGCAGUUCCAUUUUCACUGGGGGGCAAUUGAUGCCUGGGGCUCUGAGCACACUGUGGACAGCAAAUGCUACCCAGCAGAGCUGCACUUGGUACAUUGGAAUGCAGUCAAGUUUGAAACCUUCGAGGAUGCUGCGCUGGAAGAAAAUGGUUUGGCUGUGAUAGGAGUAUUUUUAAAGCUAGGCAAACAUCAUAAAGAGCUACAGAAGUUGGUGGAUACUUUGCCAUCAAUUAAGCAUAAGGACACCCUUGUGGAAUUUGGGUCAUUUGACCCUUCCUGCAUGAUGCCUGCCUGCCCGGAUUACUGGACCUACUCCGGGUCUCUGACUACCCCGCCCCUCUCUGAGUCUGUCACCUGGAUCAUUAAGAAGCAGCCAGUAGAGGUUGAUCAUGAUCAGCUUGAGCAAUUUCGGACCUUGCUUUUCACUUCUGAGGGGGAGAAAGAGAAAAGAAUGGUGGACAACUUUCGCCCCCUUCAGCCCUUGAUGAAUCGUACUGUCCGCUCAUCUUUCCGCCAUGAUUACGUGCUGAAUAUACAAAAGAACCCCAAGACAAUUGCCAGCCAAAUGACUCCCUAAGAUGUUCAUAUCUAGGCAAUAUUUUGCUUUAAUACAUAUUAGCUUUAAAAAAUUGUUAACUAGACUAUUUUAAGUACCUUCAUUUAAUAAUAUCUUUAAAUAUAUAUUUCUUUCUUUUUUUAGCAUUUCAAAGUCACUAUCCUAGCAAGGCAGGGACAGGGAAACAGAACAAUAGAAAAAUAACAGAUUAGUUAAUACGAGGUUACUUUAAGUUACAAUUUUUUGUGUGAAAUAAUUAAGGCAGAGGGAACUUCAUUACUAUACCAAUUGAAACUGGCCUGUUUGAGAAAUUUGGCUAUUAUUUUUCUAGUCCUGGUUUCUCAGAAAGUGAGAUAAAGAGUUUUGUUUCUGCUUGGUCAGGUGGAACUUUAGUAUGAGUGAUUCCAUUUUGAUUUUUAGCCUGGUCUGUUGGGGCCUAGCACAGGAACUUAGUCCAAAACAAUGGCUUCCUAUAAUUUUUGUUGAACAAUUUCCACCUUUUAGUCAGACUUUUACCACCUUUGGGCAUUAGUGCUCCUCUUAGUUACCAUCAUCUUGGGCUUCUGGUCUCAACAUGUCAUUCACAGGUUAGAUGUGUGUUUAUAGGUAUGAGAGUACUUAACCAAUUUUUGAGAAAUAUUAUUUGGUAAACAAAUUAUUUAUUUGAUUUAUAACAGUGUUUAUCACUGAAGUACCAGCAAGAGAUACAAGUUUUUCUUAGGCAACCUGUUGGUAAUUGUAAUUUUUUUUUUUUUUUGGUACUAGAGAUUGAACCCAGGGAUACUUAAACACUGAGACACAUCCCAAACCACAGCCCCCUUUGUUUUUUAUUUUGAAACAGGGUAUCACCAAGUUACUUAGGUCCUCACUAAGUUGCUGCAACUGGCCUUGAAUUGUAAUCCUCCUGUCUCAGCCUCCCAAGCUGCUGGGAUUACAGGUGUGCAUCACCAUGCUUGGCUGUAUCUGAUGUUUUUGAGCUAUCUUUUUAUACUUAUCAAUUAAUGGUUCUAUAGAGUUAUAGGUAGGAAUUAUAAUCAAGUGAUUAAUAACUAGUAAAGGCAUAAAUACUGACAUCACAGAACACAGGCUUUUCAGAAACAGCCACAGGGCCCAAACUGGUCCUUACUGCUUGAACAAUGCCAUGGUUUUAGGUCUACUUCAUUUUAAAAUGAGAAUAUUCUUUUAUUAUGGUUUCUCAAUGAGUGUAUUUGCCUUUAUUUUUAUUUGUUAUUAGUAGUACAUGAUAUACUUAUUAUCAUUGUAUUAUACAGAAAAUUUGUUUUGUAAUUAUAAGAAUACAAUAUCUAGAAUCCUUUAUAUUUCUGAAGACUAGAUAUUUUACUUAAUUGUUUGAUCUCAUAGAAAGCACUGCAGAACAUUGUAAAGAAAAGUUCUUAAAGUGCAUAUAACUUAGAAUUCUUUCAUGGUACACUUACAGAAAUAAUCUUCAAAUGCAAAUAGUAUUAUUUUGCAAUAUUUAUACACCAUUACAUAGAUUAUGAUAUUUUCCCAAUGACAGAGCUAUCUUCUUUUAAAGCUUCCCUUAAAAGUAUUCAAAUUUAGGGUUGGCAAUAAAGCUCAGUAGAGUACUUGCCUUGCAUGCAUAAGGCCCUGGGUUCAAUCCCCACCACUGCAAAAAAAGUAUCUGAACUUAGUCUAGGGAUGUAGCUCAGUAGUGGAGAGCCUACCUUGCAUUUGUGAGUCCCUUAUACUUUAUCUUUAGCAUUACAAAAAUCAAAUAAAAAACUUUAUGAACUUUAUUUACUUAUUAGUUAAGGUUUUUUGCAAUACAUGUGAUCAACUUAAAUGUCCCAAUUUAUACAGUUGUUUGGAAGACUUUUGUUAUAGUAAUAGGAAGAGGGCUAAAAUCUGGAUAAUUCUCCAUAGUCUGAGGAAUCCAUGCCACUGUUGCUCUUGCUUAUAAAUAUCUUAGAAUGUUUCCAGUUGCCACUAAGGUUGUUUUCAGAUGCAAUACUGUAUCAAAAACUAGAAGUGUUUCAUUAGUAUGCUCGUCGUCUAGUUUGUAAGACAAGGUUGGAUGAAUAUACACUACCAUUAUUCAACUGUACACUUAAAGAUGGUUAAGAUGGAACUGGGAUUAUACCAAAAUUAAAAAUGUCUGCUUGUCAAAGAAAGCAUUCAACAAUGUGAAAAGGUAACCGAUGGAAUUACCAUGAGAUCCAGCAACCCCACCCCUACGUGUAUGUAUGUAUAUAUAUAUAUAUAUAUAUAUAUAUAUAUAUAUAUAUAUCGCAAAGAAUUCAAACCAGGAUCCCAGAGAAAAAUCUGCACUCCCAUAUUCACAAUAACCAAGAGGUGGAAGUGACCUAAAUGUCCAUCGACAAAUGAAUCAAUAAAUAAAAUGAGGUAAAUACAUAAAAUGGGAUAUUACCUUUAAAAGAAGAAAAUCCUGUCACAUAUGUAAUGUGGCUGAACCCUGAAGACAUUAUGCCAAGUGAAAUAAGCUAGUCACAGAAAGAUACUGCAUGAUUCCUCUCAUAUGAAGUAUCUAAACUCAUCAAAAUCAUAGAAACAGAAAGUAAAAAGGCGGUUGCCAAGAGCUAUGGGGGGCGGCUGGGGUUGUGGCUCAGUGGUAGAGUGCUCACCUAGCAUGUGUGAGGUACUGGGUUUAAUCUUCAGCACCACAUAAAAAUAAAUAAAUAAAGAUAUUGUGUCCAUCUACAACUAAAAAAGUAUUUUAAAAAAGUUAAAAAAAAGAGCUAUGGGGAGAGAGGUUAGGAAUUUUUGCUUAGUGGAUAUAGAGUUUCAGUGUUACAAGAUAAAAGAGUUUUAGAGAUAUGUUGAAUGUGAAUAUAAGUAAUACUACUGUACUGGACACUUAAAAAUGCUCAAGAUGAUAAAUUUUUAAAAUGGUUAAGAUGGUAAAUUUUAUGUGUAUUUAACCAGUUAGAAGUAAAAAAUAAAUUCAGUAGGAAAAAAUGGAUAGACUUGGAAUUAUAUAUUCAAGUUGGAAGGGUAUCUCUUCUCUAAGCAAAGAGGGGUGGUGAAGGCUUUUGCGUGUUGUCUUAGAAAAAUGCAUAAAAUUCUUAAAAAGAUAAACAUAGAAGGCUAGGGAUGUGUCUCAGUGAUAGAAUGCUUGCCUAGCACAUGCCCUGGGUUCAAUCCCCAGCACUGCAAGAAGAAGAAAAAUAAAGAUGAACGUGGUAUAAAAAAAAGUUAGUUAGCUUUAUGUAGUUCAUCUAUUUCAAACUAUAGUAGUUACCUUUUGUUAUGGUUUGGAUCUGAAAUGCCCCCCCCCCCAUGUUGAAAGCUUGGUCCCUAAUUCAGCAGUGUUCAGAGGUGGGGCCUUUGAGAGGUGAAGGCUGUGACCUCAUCAAUGGAUGGAUUGAAAUCUUCAUGAGCUUGAGGGGAGGAGCUUUGUUAUAAGUGAGCUCUCUCUUUGCUCUCUGGCUGCCAUGAAGCGAGCAGCUUUGCUCCCCUAUGUGUUCCCUGCCAUCAUGGUCUGCCAGGCCACAGGCCUAAACUCCAUGGACCCAGUUGGCCAUGGACUAAAACUUCUGAAACUGGGAGCCAGAGUAUAUCUUUUGACCUUGAAGUUGAUUUUUUUCAGGUAUUUUGUCAGAGUGAAGGAAAACUGCCUUAGAUGCCUUUCAAAAGGUAGACAUAAGCUAUGCAUCUUCCAGGGUACACAGACUUUCCUCCUAACCUCUUACAAACACUUAGUGCAAAACUCCAUUGUGUUAAAUCUGCCAUUUUGGAGCAGGAAUCAAGGUAUAGAAUGACUGUCUUGCCCUUAUGUCUCACAGAUAAAAAGGAUGCAUUUAUAAGAUGACUGUGUAUUCUGGUUUCCAACUCCUGAUUUACUUAUACCUGGUGUUCUGGUGUAAUUGUAAUGGCACCCCCUUUCCCUCUCAACCAUACUCUGGUUUACAUGAUAAAUUCUCAGUCACCUUCUGUACAGAAGUUAUGGAAAUUGCUUUGAGGUUAUGGUCUCUUCCAUCUUGUCUUUGUCAUAUGAUUCUCUAAGGGCCAUUACAGAUCCUCUGGCAAGAAACUUUAUGUCUUUUAUGACUUCAAAAGUGAUACCUUCCUAAAUAUAAAGAUGGGAAGUGGGCCUAAGAUCUGUCAAAGGUCUUGAGAAAGAGUUUUGUAUUAAAAUUGCCCCUCAUCUUCAUUAAACAAUCUUUUUACAACAUUAA